UCACAUACCCAUUGGCUAUUGCCUAUUAUUAUUAGUAAUUAGUAUUUUGAUUUUAGGUUGUAUAAAAUGUCAAAGUUAAAACUUGAAAGAUGAAUAAAUUCUUAUCAAUAAAUUUAUAACCUUUACGGUUUCGUAUUACUAUUAUUGUCUGUCGAUAACUACCUAUAAGAAUUAUAAGACAUACAUAUCUUCAUAAAUCACUAUGUCCACUCUAAUACGAACUGAUGUAACAUCAGUAAAAUUGUGUAAAGACAUUAUUUUAGCAGGUAUUGGUAGUUUCCUAUGCACAUUUUAUACUAAGAAUAGCAAACCAAUUCAGAAAAUUCAAGCAUUGAAUGGACAAAAGAUACAUGGACUUAUCCCUUCAAAGUGUCUCACAAAAUUACUUAUAUUUGGUGGAAAACAGUUUACAAUAUUUAAUGAAAUUGAAUCUAUAUUUAAAUCUCAAAUUGAUGCUGUGGUUUAUGAUGAUUGGAUUCACACAGCAAUUUGGUUGUCAGAGAACAAAGUAGCCCUCUUGAGUGCACAUAAUGUGGUGACGACUUGGGACAUUACAACUACAAAACUCCUACAGCAGCAUAUUAAUAAAGACAACUCUAUACUCUACAGUGGGUUACUUCAGCCACUACAACAUGACAUCCUGGUGUUUAGUGGUACUGUGUACUCACAGGUCAUCCUGCAAUGGUUUGGUGAUGAACAGCCUUUGCACUAUUUAAAAGGACAUAAGGGUGUCAUAUUCUCUAUAAGCUGUAACCUACAAAGAGGCAUUAUAGUUACCACCUCAGAUGAUAGAUCAGUGAAGAUUUGGUGUGUGACAUCCGUUCACUCCGACUAUAAUAUUAAAACUUACUGGCAAAAUGCUCAUAUAGAUUGUGUUCAUGAUCUGUAUGGUCACUUGGCACGGGUGAUGAGAAACACUCUUACUAAUUUAUACAUAAUAUCAGUGGGUGAAGACUCGGCUAUAUGCUUUUGGGAUUACAACGGGAACCUGUUGAAGAAAACUAUAUCCCAUAAAAACUCAUGCAUUUGGUCCUUAGAUGCUGAUGAAUCUAAUUUAGUCACUGGAGGGGGCGACUGUGGGAUAAUGAUGCAUCCCCUCUCAUCUGUAACUUACAAUAGUUAUGGUGAGGUCAUCAUCACCAGUGUCACACCAAAAAAAGUUCUCUUCACUGCUCGAAACAAUAUUGUCAUAACCACGGUUGGUAAUUUAAAUUAUUACAACUCUAACUUAAAUAAAAUACAAGAAAUUCGAUUAAAUCACACAUCUACCUACCAACUGGUCGGCCUGUCUUCAUGUAAACAACUUAUAGCGGUGGUCGACAUGGACGGUAACUUAGACAUAUUUAUGGAAAAUUGUAAAGGAGACCCAGGACUCAAGAAGAUUAUAGAAACGCGGCUGCACCUAGGAAAGAUUCUAUCGAUGCAGUGGGCUGGCAACAGACAUUUAGUUUUCUGUUCUGAAGGUGGCGUUAUUACAGUCGGAGCCUCCAAAGGAAAUACUAUCGAGAUCAUCGCUAACUACCUCCUACCGCCUUGCAAAGAAAGGUGGCUGACUGCCAGCGCCCUCCAUGACACCAAAGACACAUUGAUCGUAGGGGACCGAUGUGGACACAUACACUUGUAUGAGUGGCGACGACAACAACCAGCUUAUACCAUGAAAAGAGUUCACGGAAGAUACGGCCCUACCUCCAUCGAUAUAAGGAAUGAUAUCGUCAGAACGACCGGCAGAGACGGGACGGUCAGGUACUUGAAGAUUAUCAAUUCAGGAUUCAAGUAUAUGAGUUGUAAAGACUUGGAGUUCGAGUGGGUUGAAAAGUUUCUAGACGUACAAGGGAAGUACGUCUGCGGCUUCAGGGAGAGGAGUUUGGUCGUUUAUGAUGUAGAGAAUGAUCUGAAGGUAGUGGAUGUGUCGUGCGGAGGAGGGCACCGGUCAUGGGACGUUGUGCGGUAUAUCGAAAACAACGGCGGAUGUUACGAGGAGUGUCUCAGACUCAUGUUUGUAAAGAAUACGCAGGUCUAUGUCAACACGUUCCGGCUCCGCGACAUCGUGUCCACAGUUAUAUUGCCCGGGACACAUUCUAAGGAGAUAAACUGUUUGAGAACGUACCGCCGUCGUAACGACGACCCAGUCACGUGGUUCAUAACAGGAGGAGAGGACACCACACUGAGAGUGUCCACGUCAGAACAGGAAGCGGAGUUCUGGGACCGAGUGAUCUUCAGACAUCUGUCGAACGUACGGGCGUUGAAACUGUUGAGUGUGUCCCAUGACGAAGUGUUGGUGGUGUCGGCGGGAGGCAGGGCGCAAAUAUGUAUCAGAACCAUCGGCUUCGUUGAUAAGAAUGUAACGGCGGAGGAACUCAUUGACUAUCAGAUAAAAGGAACAGACAGGGAAAGAAGGGGAAACCAAAACUGGAGAAACUGUUCCGUAGACUUCGACCCGGAGACCAGGAUCAUGGAUGUGGAAGUGGACGAACUGAAUGAAGCUAAAGUCAUGAUAUACACGGCGUGCUCUGACGGUGAGGUCCGGGUCUUCGAGUGGAACAGACGCGGUGGACAGUUCACUAUGAUCCAGGAAGUCAGGCAUCACAAAACCUGUAUACUGACACUGAAAAUGUUUACAUGCUCUAAUAAAAAAAUAAUAACUACGUGCGGGACCCGAGGAGACGUGGCCUUUUGGGAGGUCAGCUCAGAGGACGGGACACUGGCGGAGGGACCGGCUCUCGUCCUCAGGACCAACGAAUCGGGGAUCAAUAGUGUCGACAUUAAAGUGACCGGAGGCUGUCAAUUCGUGUUGGCGACCGGCGGAGAUGAUAACGCUGUCCAUAUGAGCCUUGUGAGAGUGGGCGGAGACGGGGGCUGGGCGGCGGUGACGUCACACGCGUACCUGAACGCGCAUUGCUCACAAGUAACGGGACUGGCACUGGUCGAGGGUUUGUGUGUGACGACCGGCGUGGACCAGAGAGUGACCUCGGUCUCGUGGCGCCUGGAGGGAGAGGACAUAAAAACAGAGUUCAUCGACCAGAUGUACAGCGACGUCUCCGACAUCCACGGAAUGGAUGUCGUGCGGGACUCGGGAGACCGGCUCACAGUGUGCGUCUACGGUAAAGGUAUCCAAGUCAUCGAACUACUGAAACCGUAACCGUCUGUGGGACGACAGGCAGCGAGUCACCUGACCUGGCAGUUGGGACCGCUGAUAACUGAUAAUGUAUUACAUCUCACCGCACGUUAUCAGCCAAUCUCGAGUGCAUCCAGAAUGUACCGCGCUGCAUGCUCGAUAUUAAAUCUGUUUUGGAAAUUACAAGUUUUAAUAUUAUUUGGCUGUUUUCUGUAUUGUAAUUUAUUAUUGUAAUCUUCACGGACGAGACUUUCUAGCAGCAGACUCCUCUUCUUCUGUCUUCUUCUUAUGUCAGAGGCCCUCGUACAAUGCUAUACUAGCAUAUAUAAUAUGAUAAUGAUUAUACGAUGAGUUGUAAAUAACUAUUAACGAUGGCAUUAAACGAGAUCUGUCGGUUAAUGACGAGCAAACAAAUGUAACGCGAGGAUUAGAAGAAUUAAAGGAUCAUCGAGGAUGAGCUCAGACUAUACAGUAACAGGUACAGGCCGGUGCAGUCUGGGGCUAAUAUAUACAUUUAUAUAUAUUAUUAUUAUAUUUAUUUUUUGUAUAUUUCGCGGACGACCCGCUGCUAAGCGACCUAUUAAGAUAUGUUAUUUGUUUGAACUAAAAAAUAUAAAUUAAAAAAAAAACUGUAAUUUAAUUUUA